GAAGCGAGACAGAGCCCGCUGCAUCAGCCACCAGCCCGAGGAAUAACAUUAGUUCCAGCCUCACAAUGAGCUGUUUACUGGCCUUGGCUGCCUGUGGGAACGGCCAAGAAGAGCGGAGGAAAAGGACAGACAAACACAAUGCGAGCGGGACGCGCUAGAUGGGAGGCUGGGCUUUAAACUCGCCCUCAGGAUUUCAACCCUAUGGAACUGGAGAGGGCUGAAAGAGAAAUAAAAGGGCACUGGCUGCUCUGCAGCACAAACAGGCCGAGACAAAUCAGCCAUCUGCUGCGCUGCUGCUGCCGCCUGGAGAUCCCCGGUCCUGGCUGGAGGGCUGAUACUGAAGGAUGAAAGGAUGCACAAUGAGGACGUGGUAGCAAGGAUUCAAGCAACCUUCCUGGAAUGCGUUUCGUCGGGAAGAAAAGAGAUGACAGCCUGAUUUUAUGGAUGGCACUGAAGUAUAGACUUUGUCACUCUUCGGAAGCACACCACAGACUUGGCAUGGGAAACCACAGCAACAACCAUACCUGUUUGACAGAUGAUUCCUUUAAGUACAACUUGUACGGAGCCGUGUACAGCGUGGUCUUCAUCCUCGGUUUGAUCACUAACUGCGCUUCCCUCUUUGUUUUCUGCUGCCGGAUGAAGAUGCGGAGCGAAACAGCCAUCUUCAUGACAAACCUGGCGGUUUCAGAUCUGCUGUUUGUGUUCACUUUGCCUUUUAAAAUUUUUUAUAACUUCAACAGGCAUUGGCCUUUUGGAGAUAGCCUGUGCAAGAUAUCUGGGACAGCGUUUCUCACCAAUAUCUAUGGGAGCAUGCUGUUCCUCACCUGCAUCAGCGUUGACCGUUUCCUUGCAAUAGUCUACCCGUUCCGAUCCCGUACCAUUAGGACCAGAAGAAAUUCUGCCAUAGUCUGUGCUGGCGUUUGGAUUCUGGUCCUCAGCGGUGGAAUCUCAGCCUCCUUGUUCUCCACAACCAAUGUUUCCAACACCAGCACCACCUGCUUUGAAGGCUUUUCCAAACGGAUCUGGAAAACCUAUUUGUCUAAGAUCACUAUAUUUAUUGAGGUGGUGGGGUUCAUCAUCCCUUUGCUACUCAACCUCACGUGCUCUUCCUUAGUGCUCAGGACUCUCCGGAAACCUGCCACCUUGUCUCAGAUCGGGACAAACAAAGAGAAAGUAUUGAAGAUGAUCAUUGUGCACGUGGCCAUUUUUGUUGUGUGCUUCGUGCCUUAUAACUCCAUUCUCUUCUUGUACGCUCUCGUGCGGUCCCAGGCGAUAGCAAACUGCUCCUUGGAGAGGUUUGCACGGACAAUGUACCCAAUCACAUUGUGCAUUGCAACCAUGAACUGCUGCUUUGACCCGUUCAUCUAUUACUUCACAUCAGAAUCCUUCCAGAAGUCUUUCAACAUAAAGACCCAGAUCAAAAUGGACUCUCUUUUCAAGACUGAGACCCCUCUAACAAAGACUGCUCUACCAGCACAGCAGGAUGAAAUGAGUGACCAGGCCAUUACAAACGGGGGAGAUCCAACGUCUGAAUCACACUUCUAGUGCCACGUUGACACGUGCCUUAUCCCAAAUUACCUUUUGAUUAACGCCAGGUGUGAAACAGUUCUUUGAGAGCACACGGGUUCUCGCACACUGCUAAUGAAUAAAAUCACUGGGGAAUAACUGCACAGGUAGAUAAGUUCCUAUGGUGGGAUGGUCCCACCAAACAGCUGAACACAAAAUAUAAAAAUCCUGAUGGCACUCUGUAGAGAGAAUGGCUGAGGGACAACGUAUGUACCAGCAAAGGAGGGAACAGAGCAGAUUCCUUAAUCAGAAUAUGCAGAACGUGCCAACGUUUGGCAUUCCUUCUCCCCAGUGGUUGACAUGGGACCAGUUGGGAAAUAUCAAGUUUAAUUUUUCUUAGAGAUAUCUGCCAGUAUUUCACGCCUUCUGGAAACGCAUCAUCGUAUGUUAACUCAGUAACUUCACACAAUAUGUAUGUUUGCUUAAAAAGGUAUAAUAAAAGCUUUGGGCUUUUCCUUA